AUGGAGACACUCAUGGCCGAAGUAAUCGCACAGCGGCCAAACGGUCCUAAUGCCGCUCAGCCUGUAUCUCUGCAGCGCCAACCCUCCUUCUCCUCAUUCCCUCCCUCGCGCUCGCCCUCUACCCGCAAUGGCCAUAACCACAAAGCUCGCUCCCCGCAGCCCCCCAUGCUCCGUGAGGGCGACGAGGAGUCGAUACAGUCCUCGCACGACUCGUCGCAUCAGUCCUCCAUGGCUGCCCUACCCAGAGGGGGUAUGAAGCUGCGCUCGCAAUAUCCCGCCGAUGCAAUUGAGAACCAUGUCGAGUACAUACUGGUCGCCGCCUUCGACAUUGACCGCGGCUCCAUUAUGGAGCACCAAUACCCGGCCGCUAUCAGUGGAGACGAGACUAUGCUGGCUGAGCUCAUGUUGCCCGAUCAGGCCCAUGUCCGAAGCCAAGACUGGACCAUCUUCUUCCUGCACAAGGACACCUCAGCCGAAGAGGAGGAGCGCGAGGCAAGGAGAGAGCGCAGGAGGAGAAGGCGGCGACGGAAAGAGGGCCUGGAGGACGACGACGAUGACGACGCGACUGCAGAUACUGAAGGGCAAGACGACGACUACGACGACGAUGACGACGGAGACGAGGAUACAGAAAGUGAAGGAGAGCCAGACCCUGAUGGACCGCCGUUGGUCUAUGUCUUGAACUUGGUCAAUACCAAGCAAGACAAUACAGUGAAGAGAGGUGCCAUCGUCAAGGCCAUGGCAAUAUGCACGCGGCACCCCUUCCUGCACAUAUACAAGCCCCUGUUGCUGCUGGCCCUUGAAGAGUACUUCAGGGCACCCGUCCUGGAUACUCUCGAAUCCCUAUACAACGCUCUCAACUCCAUGGACCUGUCGCUCUUGCCGCGAUUAUCUCCCCUAGAGAACUUCGUACUUGGCGCCAGCGAUGCCAAAGACAUGUUCGUGGAGAAGUUUGAGCUCAUGGUCCGGCAGCGAAGAAAGCUCGACGCUGCAAGAGACUCUGUUGAGACCUCGUCAGACCCUCAGUCGCGGAAGAAAACAUACACUGUUCCGCGAGACACGCACGAGUUUGAAUCCAAGAUCAACUACAACGGUAUACCCGUCCCUGUCAAGAUACCCACCGCUCUGAGUCCGGAGACUGUGGGUGACUUUUCCUUGAUCAAGCUCAUUCAAACAUUCUCCACACCUCACGCAACGCAGCCGCAGCCCUUUGCCUUGCAUCCACAUCUAACCACGAGCGGCGCCUUCACUCAUCCCAUCAUUGUUCUCGUCAACGCCCUCCUGACCCAGAAGCGCAUCAUCUUCAUCGGGCACAAUCGCCCUUCAGGAGAAGUCGCAGAGGCCGUGUUGGCAGCAUGUGCUUUAGCAUCUGGUGGCAUUCUCCGCGGCUUCGUCCGACACGCUUUCCCAUACACCGAUCUCACCAAAGUAGAUGACCUGCUGAAGGUUCCUGGUUUCAUCGCUGGUGUUACCAAUCCUGCAUUCUCUUACAAGCCCGAAUGGUGGGACCUGAUAUGCGAUCUGCCCACCGGUCGCAUGAAGAUCAGCAAUCGCAUCGAGUCGGCGUCACCAACAGAGGGCUCCAUGUUCUUCCAGCAGCAGGGCCUUCCUCUAAAUGGGCCAAGUGCGUCACCAGCCAACGGCAUCGACGCAACCGGCGACACCCAAUUCAUGGACAAACUCCUUGAGAGCAUUGCCAACCGCCACGGUGAGAAUGCUAUUCGAGCAAAGUGGCGCUCGUGGGUGUUGAAGUUCACCCGUAUUGCGGCGGCUUUUGAAGAGACUGUCUACGGUGCUUCAGCACUGUACAUUGGCUCUCAUGAGACGGAUAUCGGCGCAUAUGGUGUAUCCGGACACGGCUACGUCUGGCCAGACGAGGGCCACAAGCUUCGGGAACUCGCUGCAAACGUGCAUCGUAUAGAGGGCUGGCGUAACACGAGAAGCUACUACAGUUGCGUCCAAGAUCUAGCGAGGCACUGGAAUAAGAGACCAGUGCGCGGUCUUGACAUGGCCCACCAACACGACAAGCUGCGCUGCUUGAAGCUUACGCACGAUCAAUCAGCAGCCAUCUACCUCGCACUCGCGAAGUGUGUUGAAGAAGCGGAUUCGCUCAAUGAAAGUGCGAACGCCUCGUCGACCGACUUAUCGUCCAUGGCUCAGUCACUCACGCUCGUGAAUGACUCCGAGCGUAAAGCGAGCUCCCAGCUCCAGUACGACACCAUCCUGCAACUACUUUGUGUUAUCCCAGAUGCUGGUCUCUUCUAUCUUAGUCUGGGCCUGUUUCACCCUAGACAGGAUGUCAGAAUGGCAGUCGUUAGACUACUAGAGAGGAUCAUGGAUCACUCUGCCGGCCGACACUACUGGGGUCAAUUAGGGCGCUUUGCCAAAUUGGCCUUCUUUAGGGUGAAGAGAGAGGAAGCACAGAAAUAA